AAAACCCUUUUGGUAUCAAUUCAGUCUUCUUGGCUCUCUCUCCCUCUUCUUUCCCACAUCACAACUCACUCACUAACACACAAACACUUCAAAUUCAAAAAAUCAAAUUUCAAAAAAUCAAAUUUCGAAAACUUCUUCCCUCUUCCCCUCUCUCUCUUUCUCUCUCUCUUUUCGCCAACGAAACCAUUCACAGUGAAAACCCUAAUUCUUCAUUUCAUCUGGCACUUCCAAAUCAAUUUCCGCCAUGACCGCCGUCCCUCCUCCCGCUGCUGGCCGGGAGCUUUCAAAUCCUCCCUCCGACGGCAUUUCCAAUCUCCGCUUCUCCAAUCACAGUGAUCACUUACUUGUUUCCUCUUGGGACAAGACUGUGCGCUUGUACGAUGCUAGCGCCAACGUCCUCCGCGGUGAGUUCGUACACGGUGGUCCUGUUCUCGAUUGUUGUUUCCACGAUGAUUCUUCUGGAUUUAGUGUUAGUGUUGACAACACUGUCAGGAGACUUGUUUUUAACCAUAACAAGGAGGAUAUAUUAGGGAGGCAUGAUGCACCUGUGCGGUGCGUUGAGUAUUCUUACGCGGCAGGGCAAUUAAUUACUGGCAGUUGGGAUAAAACACUGAAGUGUUGGGAUCCUAGAGGAGCAAGUGGGCAGGAACAUACUCUCGUUGGAACAUAUCCUCAGCCUGAACGUGUUUACUCACUUUCUCUUGUGGGUAACCGUUUAGUUGUAGCAACUGCUGGAAGGCAUGUUAAUGUAUAUGACUUGAGAAACAUGUCUCAACCCGAGCAAAGGAGGGAAUCCUCGUUGAAAUAUCAGACUCGAUGUGUGCGUUGUUAUCCAAAUGGAACCGGCUAUGCUCUUAGUUCAGUUGAAGGACGAGUUGCUAUGGAAUUUUUUGAUCCCUCAGAGGCUAGUCAAGCCAAAAAGUACGCGUUCAAAUGUCACAGAAAAUCAGAGGCUGGAAGGGACAUAGUCUAUCCAGUCAAUGCCAUUGCAUUCCAUCCUAUCUACGGUACUUUUGCUACUGGAGGUUGUGAUGGGUACGUAAAUGUUUGGGAUGGGAACAAUAAGAAGAGGCUUUAUCAGUAUUCAAAAUAUCCAACAAGUAUUGCAGCACUGUCAUUUAGUAGAGAUGGGCGGCUGUUAGCUGUAGCAUCAAGUUACACAUUUGAAGAGGGAGAUAAACCCCAUGAGCCCGAUGCCAUAUAUGUCCGCAGUGUAAAUGAAAUAGAAGUUAAGCCAAAGCCUAAAGUAUACCCCAAUCCUUCUACAUGAUUAACAUCACAGAAACCUCCCCUGUGAUCCAUGCUUGUCGUUUUUAGCCCUCUGUUGGUUUUCAUGCUAGAGUUACUUGAUGGUGGUUUAGAGCCAGGGUCCCAGGUGACUUGCAGAUUGCGCGGUUAGCAUCAUACAAAAGAGUCCACGAGACAUGCUUCUUUAUUUUUAUAUUUUCUUUCUUUGAAAACUUCUGUUUUGUAUUCCUGGCGAGAUGAGAGAAGCAUAGCCUUGAAUUUUGGGAUGUACCCAUCAGUAGUUUGCUUAAUGUGUACAGAUGCUGUGCUUCUAUAAACUUUCCUCAAUUAUUGUCAAGGAUAUGGAUAAAACACUUACAUUUUUCAUA